CACUUAGAAAAAACAUACGGACCUCAACAGGCAGCAGUGGUGGACAGUGUCAGGCAGCAGGACGAACUCAUCGCAAAGAUUACGUGUGCUAACGACGAGUUCGUACAAUCGAAGACCGGCGCUACUUUAGACCUUAGAUCUGAAAUGAUGAGCGAACUGGCCCAGGGUUAUGAUGCUUUCAUCGAGUUGAUGAGCAAUUUAGCUGAGGGUACCAAAUUCUACAACAACUUGACCAAGAUUCUCACUACUUAUCAGAGUAAUGUCAACGACUUUAUUUUGGCUAGAAACACCGAAAAAGAGGAUCUUAUGAAGAGCUUACAAGGAAGUCUGGCUAACAAAGCUCCACCGACCAGACCAGAUCCUCCUCAAUUCCACCAACAAGCUGCCCAAUCUUCGGCGGCAGCAGCCCCUCCUGCAGCUGCAGCCCCCUCAUCUCCGGUGUACUCUACACCCGCUCCUAGGCCAACUCCUGCUGCACCAGCCCCGCUCCCCCAAGCCACUGCCUCCCCAAUGGGGCAAGCACCCGCCCCCCAAGCACCACCCCUCGCUGCUCAGGGCGCACCCCAACAGUACAACUACGGUGGUACACUGCCAAGCGGAGGUGUAGGUUACCAGCCGUCGUACAACAUGCCGUACGGUAUGCCAGCAUACUGUGGUUACUACACUUACCCUGGACCUGCUGCUGCUGCUUACGGAAACUAUCCUCCCGCUGCUCAGUACCCACCUGGGCAAUACCCACCAGGGCAAAACACCCGGCCACAAUACCCACCAGGUCAAAACGCCGGAGCCCAGUACCCACCCGGGCAAUACCCGCCCAGCCAAUACCCUCCCGGGCAGUAUCCGCCUUACACUGGCCCCAAAUGGGAACUCGUGCAUGACUCUAUUCGUUUAACCAGAAUCCUUCGGGACUUGUGUUCCCUCUUGAUCACCAUGUUGGUAGAGUAGUGACUAGUGAACUGCUGAUUUUUAUUUUGAUACGCGUGCACACUGCAUAAUGCCUUU